AUGGAAGACGUGCUUUGUACCGGAAGUGGCUUGAAUCAAGAAAUGGCACUUUUAAGACCCGGAGAUACACGUUGGAAUUCCCACUACAAAACGCUUUUGUUAAACAUUAUGGAAGUUCUUGGAUGUAUAGUAGAAACGGGUCAAACUCUUCCUUGUGGUGGACAAGCGAACAAACUUCUAGAGGAUAUGAAAAAAUACGAUUUUGUAUUUUACAUACACUUGAUGGAGCAUAUUCUAAACAUCACACACACAUUGUCCAAAUGUCUACAAAGAAAAGAACAAGAUUUGAUGAAUGCAGUUAAACUGGUUUCUUCCACCAAAAACCAACUUGAAAAGUUUAGGUUGGAAGGAUUUAAUGAGUUCUUGGAGAAGUUAACUCUUUUUGUGACAUAUUUGCAAAUUCAAGAAUUUGGGAACCGUUUUAACGAUGUAACAUCGGAACCACUUCUUUGUAUGAGUUGUUUGAGUCCGUGUGAUAAUUUUAGUGCGUUUGACAUUCCAAAUAUACUAAAACUAGCCGAAAAGUAUCCAUAUGAUUUUGAUGAAGCCGAAAAACGAAGGCUUCCGGUUCAACUCGGAAACUAUAUUGAUUUUGUGAAAAAAGAUAAACAAUUCGCCAACUUUGAUGGUUUAUCAAGUCUUGUAAGAGAAAGACUUGCUUAA